AUCAGAUUUUCGGUUGGUGGUACAUCCAUGAGGAAAUAUGACGCGUUACUUGUAUCCAUGGCAACCAAGACUGUAACUGCGACCACUACUGGCUCGAGCGUCUUUUUAUUACAAAUGUUAAGUCUUCCUUUUUGGAUGGACUAAUAACAAGGCAUAUUUUCAAGAUCAACGCAUUGUGUGCCUAUGUAUGAUAAUGGAGGAGGGAUGACUCAAACAAGUUUAAAAAUGUCCAAGCAGGUCAAAAAAGACAGCCGAGGAGACCGGCAAGCCUUGAAAUCCACAGGAAUCCACAGCGGGACAUCGUGUAAUCUGAGGAGGCUUCAGGCCCUGCUUGCCAAAAGCAGCCCCAAACAAGAGGUGUUGGGUCAAAGCAAAGCAGGCGGCAGCAGAUUCCACAGCCCGCACCCUCCCAAAGACAGCUAUGGGGAAGCCUCCGAGCUGGAAAAAUUCAGCAUGACAUAUGGAGAGCUGAUAUGUUUUAACAGCCACCCGUUCCAGAAGGCUUUUGCAAACAUCCUCACCUUACUGGUCAACAAUCGCCUCUGCAGUGAUUGGAUGAAUCUGGCACCGCUCGAUUGGGCCCUCAGAGUGCUGCUGUGCCUGCGUUUGCUCAUCAGGGACCCUCAUUAUCAGAAAAUGUUCCAUCGUCUCCAAGGCGUCCAGUCACUUGCCAGGUAUAUGAAGUACGUUGCUGACGUGUGCUUUAAAUGUGGUCAAUCGGCACUGGCUGCACAAUCUUUGGUCACUAUGACAUACGUAUUCCAGAAGAUGUCUGCUGUGGACGAUCAAAGGGUCUGGGUCAUCGAGAGUGGCGUUCCCAGAACGCUGGUGAAGCUGCUGUCCACCACAGACAGCAGCGUGCUGCUUGGAGCCCUCACGGCGCUCACCACCUUGGCUGAAAGUCCAGAGUGUAGAGCUGAGAUCGGCGAGCUUCCCAUUGUGGAGAACCUUGUGGUCAUCCUACAGGACUACGACCUGUCGUCUAAGUGGAUGGCCGCAGAGCUGCUGAGGGUCCUCUCUCCGGUGCCGCGCAUCAGAGAUGAGCUGAGGGAUGCUGAGGCCGUGCCGGUGCUGCUCAGUCUGUUGCACGCGCCCCACCUCAAAUUGCUGUGGAGCGUGGCCUGGGUCCUGGUGCAACUCUGUCAGGACGCCCGUGCCAGGGCGGAGGUGCGCAGCUGGGGGGGCGUGCACACGCUUCUAAGGCUGCUCGGCAGCGAUAGACAGUUUGUCUGCGACCGCUUGCCCAUCGAGAAACUGUCGAGCGCCAACACCAACAGCCACGUCCACAGAGAACAUACACGGGAGGAAAUCGGACCUUGCGAGGUUGCCGGCAACGCUGUGGCCCUGCAGUCAGCCUGCUGCACAGCUCUGACUGAGCUCAGCCUGGAAGACUCGUGUGCUCAUCACAUUGUGCAGGAAAACGGAAUCUAUAUCCUCGCCAAAUUGAUUUUACCACAAAACUCCGGACCCAAGGUGUCAUCUUUGCAGUGUUACGCAUUCCGGGCACUGCGCUUUCUCUUCAGCGUGGAGAGGAACAGACAUCGCUUCAAGAGGCUCUUUCCCACGGACCUUUAUGAAUCAUUUAUUGACGUGGGCCAUUACAUGCGGGACCUGGAGGCCUAUGAGGGUCUUCAAAUCAAAGUGUCACAGUAUUCUGAGGAAGAGUUGGAGAGCCUGCGAGAGAGCAUCAUGGCUGUGGACCACAACCGGCCUGUGCUCCGGCUGAUCAAUGGCUACGCUGUACUGGACCACCUUGGCACUGGUGCCUUUGGGAGCGUAUUGAAGGUCCAGAAGCCGAGCGCUGGGAAUAUGGUGGCCCUGAAAGAGGUCAACCUCCGCAACCCGGCGUUCGGCAAAGACAAGAAGUCGCGAGACGGUAACGUGGAGAAGAUCAUCGCGGAGUUGACCAUCAUCAAAGAACAGAUGGCCCACCCGAACAUCGUUAAGUACUACAAGACCUUCGUGCACGACGACAAGCUGUAUAUUGUGAUGGAACUGAUUGAGGGAGUUCCUCUGCUGGAGCGAUGCAACUCCUUGAAGGAGAAGAAGCAGCGCUUCACUGAGGAACGAAUCUGGAAAAUCUUCAUCCAGAUGUGCCUGGCCCUGCGAUACCUCCACAAGGACAAACGCAUCGUCCACCGCGACCUGACACCCAACAACAUCAUGUUGGGCGACGAGGAGAAAGUCACCAUCACCGACUUUGGCCUAGCCAAACAGAAGCAGGAGAACAGUAAGCUGACCUCGGUGGUGGGCACCAUCUUGUACUCUUGUCCAGAGGUGGUGAAGAACGAACCAUAUGGCGAGAAGGCUGACAUUUGGGCUCUGGGUUGCAUCGUCUAUCAGAUGGCCGCCUUGGAGCCACCAUUUUACAGCAACAACAUGCUGUCGCUGGCCAACAAGAUAGUUGAGGCCAUCUAUGAGCCACUGGAAGAUGGAAUUUACUCUGAAAGGGUGGAGGACAUGAUCACAUGGUGCUUGAGUCCAAACCCAGAGCGGCGUCCUGACAUUGUGGCGGUCGGCUCCCGGAUUGCCGACCUCAUGAUGAGGCACAUGGACGCUUUGUAUGCUUCUCACUAUGCGCUGGAGAAGCGAGCCGAGCGCGACAGGAAACGGGCGCAGAGGUAUUUCCUGGAAGGGUGCCGGAGCGGGAACAGCUGCUGCCGCUCAUUCCCAACUCAGAAACAAGCAUUCUCAACACCUGAACUUGUGCACUUUCCGCCAAGCAACAUGGAAGAGAAUUUCAGUUUAGACGACGCUUCAGAUCGUGAAGAAGCAGAGAAUAAAGACGAGCAAGGGCGACACUACAGGUCAAAAUCUGCUGCCUGCGAUACACCUCAUCUACCUCCAUGUGGGGAGGAUUUAGGGACAGCGAGGGUGAAAGCGAAAUCAGGAAUCUGCGUCUCCCUGAGGAACCUUCGCCAGAUCGAGGAUCCAGUCCACAAGUUGCUGGUGCAACUGCACAAGGUGCUCUAUAUCACUCAGCUUCCUCCAGCAUCACGUCACAACGUCAAGAGGCGGCUUGUAGAAAGAUUCAAAAAGUCGCUGUUCCAGUUUGGCAGUGACCCGCACAACCUGAAGACGGAGCUCAGCAAGCUGGUCCAGGCGUCAUGUGAUUUAAUGGAGUCUGGUUCCAGCAGUCCAGACUGGUGGCCGGUGGUGCUUCCCUCCACCGGAGACGCUGAUGAAGACUCAGGUGACAUUCUGAGGGAAGGAGUCACAUAUGAGCAGAUGCAGGCCGUGGUAGAGGAACUGCUGGAUGAGAGUGGCUACUACCGAGAUGAGAUUGGCAGGUGCGCUUCACCCUGGCGUCGAGUUGCUUUCUGUGUGGGCAGCGAGGAGGCAAAGAAGAAAAGCGAGCGCCGUCCGUAUUCGUCCUCUUGAGUCACAAACGCAGAUCUACCAUUUGAACUUAUUUAAUGAGCUCUUGAGGUCUUUCUUUGCACCAA